AUUAGAAAAGGGGAGAAAAAGCCCUCCGAGAGCGAGGCUUUCAUUAUUGCAUUAGAAGUUGAUUCCAGACUAAUCAACAAGUGCAUUUAUGGUUAAAAAAAAAAAAAGAAAAGAAAAGAGGAAGGUAGAAGAAGAGGGAGACUACACAGGUUAGAUUGAGAGGUGGAGAGAGAAAAAGGAGGAGGAAGAGAAAUCAAAGGACCCCACCAACAAUCUAUAUAAUUAUCAUCAUCUGCUGCUUUUCCUCUCUGGCAAAGAAACACUCCAUCCAUUUGGAGAAAUGCCCCCGGGGAACGUUACAUCAAAACUAAUCAUAACGAUUAAAAUCAGCUCCUCUCAGAGAAGCAGGCAGGAGGGGUGCGGGUGUUGUAAAUGCAGACAAAAUUAUUUAUUUGAUUUUAUAAAAACAUAAACUCAACAAAGACUGGGGCGCUGCUGCUGUGAUCUCUUCCCUCUUUCUUUCUUUUUUUUUUUCUGCUGGCAGUUUUAUUCUGCAGAUUGGUUUAGACUGGGGCAGAGACAUGAGCUAAUUGUAUCCUGAUCUUUGCCUUGAGGGGUUUCGGAGCCCUGGAGCAAGUAUUCUCUGUAUUUUGUUCUGUCUACCUUAGCCAAGCUAUUGCAUUUCUCACUGGUGUAGGAAGAGCAGCAGAUCGUGGGGCCAAAUCGGAAGGAAAAAGGUGCACAAAAAGCUACUUUGUGCCGCUCUAUGUUUCAGGAUAACCGCUCCAGCAUGUCCAGACCCAUGAUCACACGCUCACCAGUGUCUCCCUUGAGUAACCAGGGCAUCCCAACACCUGCACAGCUCACCAAAUCCAACGCCCCCGUGCACAUCGAUGUGGGCGGACACAUGUACACCAGCAGUCUGGCCACCUUAACUAAAUUCCCAGAAUCCCGAAUCGGUCGUCUCUUUGAUGGCACAGAGCCUAUAGUCCUGGACAGCCUGAAGCAGCACUACUUCAUUGACAGGGAUGGACACAUGUUCCGCUACAUCCUCAACUUCCUCAGGACGUCCAAGCUCCUCAUCCCAGAAGACUUCAAAGACUACAGCCUGCUGUACGAGGAGGCGCGGUACUUCCAGCUGCAGCCCAUGCUGGCCGAGCUGGAGCGCUGGCGCCAGGACCAGGAGGUGGGCCGGGUGUCGCGCCCCUGCGAGUGCCUGGUGGUGCGCGUGGCGCCCGACCUGGGCGAGAGGAUCACGCUCAGCGGCGACAAGGCCCUGAUCGAGGACGUGUUCCCGGAGAUCGGGGACGUCAUGUGCAACUCGGUGAACGCCGGCUGGAACCACGACUCCACGCACGUCAUCCGCUUCCCCCUGAACGGAUACUGUCACCUCAACUCCGUCCAGGUCCUAGAGCGUCUCCAACAGCGCGGCUUCGAGAUCGCCGGCUCCUGCGGCGGCGGCGUGGACUCGUCCCAGUUCAGCGAGUACGUUCUGCGGCGGGAGCUGAGGAGGACGGGUCAGCGGGGGCCCAAUUCAAACAGGAUAAAGCAGGAGCAGCUGGACUAGGAGCCUCCUGAACCUCCACCCCGGGGCAGCAGGGGGCGCCGGACUUUUCGGAGCUCCGUGGACUCUGUUUUUCUUCAUUUCCUUGUUGAUGUUUUUGUUUCUGAAACUUGACAAACCAUCUAGAGAAUUAAAAAAAAAAAAAGAAUAAAAAGAAGUGCGAGAGGAGAUUUUUUUUUAAUUUUUCUUUUUUUUUUUUUUUUUUUUUUUUGCCAGAAGGACGCUCGCUCAAUUUGAGAUUGCAAGGACAUUUGUGAUUGUCUAAGCCCCACCCCCAUCAACCAAUUUAAAAAAAUAAAAUAAAGGAUUUAUACAUGCUGGAUCCCCCUAAAGAAAGUUUGUUUUAAAACUUGGAGCCUACAUUAGGUUAAAUAUGAUUUGAAUCACACGUUUUGUUGCUGAUGUAGUGUUGCAGAACCCCCCCACCGUUCCCAAGAAGACGACUCACGCCAUGCUAACAGUACCGAAUGUCUCAGAUGCCACACACACGUCUUCAGUUUUAUUUCCUUUUCACAAGAAUAAUGUUGAAUAUUGUGACACCCAUGAAUCUUACGCUUAUAAAUACGGUUUGACAUUAGCAAUAUGAAAUUUUACCAUCUAUGACCUUCACACACACACAGUGAGACAAAUAUCAAAAUGUGUAUAAGUUAUUACACCAUUUGCCUUGGGAAUUAUUUAAUUGGAUCGUGAUCUUCCUGUAAAUUUCCAUCGUAUAUGUGUUUGUGUUUUUACAUCUUUUUAAAGCGAAUUUGUUGCCUCAGACAUGACUGAACAGAUUAAAAGCUUAUUGUACUACCCUC